GUUUCUUAUCAGGACGUGCAGUGCACCGCUCAACGCAAGCCUCUCGCUUAAUAGUAACCUUGACCCUGACAUCGCGUGGCAUUUGAAAGCAUCGGCUUUUCAACAUACGCCAACCGCAGAGAGCGGGCAGCUUCGCCAGCCAUCAGUAUGGGCGACAACUUAUGGCGGGCUGAGCAGUAUGGGAAGAUAGCGGACAAAGUCUUUUGGGGCAUCUUCUGCUUGACGGCCGUGAUAGUCGCGCUUCGUUUCUACUCCCGCGCGCAGACUGGCCGCAAGUUCUCAGGUGCACUUGGAUGGGAUGAUCUAGUAACGCUACUAUGUUUGAUGAUCAUCCUUGCAGCUUGUAUCCUCAGCACCAUCGCCGCUGGAUGGGGUCUGGGAAAACACUUUGACUCCCUCGAUGCGGAGCACAAGGUGCUAGCCAUGAAGUUCAACGCUAUAAUUGAUGCUGUCAUUAUCUGGGGUUUCUCUAUGCCGAAAUUCGCCAUUGUGUUUUUAUUAAAAAGAAUCCUGAGUCAUGGGAUCAAAACGACUAUACUAUUCUGGACCCUUGCUUUGAUAGGUCAGAUCGUCAUGUUGGCAACUUCCAUUUGGGUUUUCAAGCAAUGCGACCCCAUCGAGUAUCAGUGGGAGCAAUACAGAAGUCCUACCGUCACUGGUAUCUGCGCUCCAAUCAGCAUACUAACGGACAUAGGCUAUUUCGGAUCAGCCUACUCCGCCUUCCUCGACGUUUUCUUUGCGUUAUAUCCCGUGCCAUUCGUUAUGAAGUUGCGCAUGCCACUGAAAAAUCGGAUCUCCAUAUCUCUUAGUCUUAGUCUGGGCGCAGUCGCGUGUUUCAUAUCGGUGUAUAAGUUGAGCAUCAUAGGUAGAGCCUUUGCGAUCAUGGGGAAUGAUCCCACUUUCCCAAUUCCAUACCUCAAUACUUUAGGUAUAUCUGAAGCCUGUGUGCUGAUAGUCUGUGGGUCUUUGCCAGCUCUCGGUCCUAUCUAUCGCUUGGCCAAGGGCAAGUUCAGCAAGAACGGCACGCAAGGCAGUCAAUCAUACCAGACUUACAUCACGAGCGACAGUCGCCAGAGCGGCAAUCGCAACGGAUGGUCUCGUAUUGAUGAGCAAAAGCGGACUGACCCUGAAUCUGCUUGCAGAACAGGUCUCGCUAAUGAAGAAGGCAUUCAGCUGUCCUUAGUGACUCCUGAGAGGAAUAGGUUAAACUUUUAG